GGCUCUUGGCACGGCUUGCCCUUCUGGCAUGGACGCCUGGGGCGCGGAAAGAACUGGGCUGCUCCCCGCUUGGUGGCCGAAGCCGACUCAGAGGCGCGGCCCGGAUUCAGCAGCUGUUCGGCUGAUGAGUGGGAGGAUACACCGGAGGUCCUGGCGGUGAAGGCAGCAACCCUGGCCCGGCUUCUGAGGCAAAGCAGCUAUACCGUUGCUUAUACUGGCGCUGGUAUCUCCACAGCAGCGGGCAUCAAGGACUACGCCUCACGCGCAUCAGACAGCAAGGUCAAAGCACUCCUCUCCGCUCAGGGUGGGGAGGACACGCCGUUGGAGGAGGGGCUGCAUGCGGAACCUACCGAAUGUCACCGGAUCCUAACGUCCUUCUACAAGCGCAAGCUGCUGGCCCACUGGGUGCAGCAAAACCACGAUGGUCUGCCUCAAAAGGCAGGUCUACCCCAGGAGGCCAUCAACGAAAUCCACGGCUCCUGGUUCGACCCCUCGAACCCAGUUGUGCAAUUUCGAGCCGAGCUGCGGGGAGACCUCUUCGCGUGGCUACUUGAGGCAGAGAUCCGAGCUCAGCUGGUCAUCGCAGUUGGAACGUCGCUGUGUGACACGCCCUCCACAGCCGAUAGGCUGGUCGUCACGGCAGCUGCAAGGGCAGCGGAAACCCCGGCAACAGCUCUAGGUGCCGUGGUUGUUGGUCUGCAACGAACUCGUCUGGACCAACACGUUCAGCUGCGCGUCUUCGCAGAGGCAGACCGCUUCUUCGACCUCGUUGCAAAGGCUCUCCGGGAUCCUUCGCCUCUGCCAUCCACAGCAGCAGAGCAGAGCCACUGGGCCGAGGAGCAUCUCUCAGAGCAGAGCACGGAGGUGGGUAGUUUGCUUUACCUCACUGCCGGGCCCAGCGAGGGCCGCGCUGUGAGGGUGGCGCGCCUCCAAGAUGGCCAUGUGGAGCUCGACUGCGGCCUUCGAUUGGGCAGCUGGUGGCUCAGUGCGGCCCCACACAGCGCACGCUUCCCCCUCUCCGGUACGGCACGUGUGCGGCCCGCGCGGUGCCGUCGUGCCGUGGAGGCUGCGAGGCUUAUCGAGUUGCCGGUACGCGCCAACACGUCGCCACCAGCGACCUUCCUCACGGGCGUAUGGUGCGGGGACGCCGUGCUGCUGGACAGCAGGCGCUCGGAGCACCCAACUGCACAGCCGGAUCGUGCGCAAGACUUGCGUUGGGUGCUGUCUGCCGUAUCCGUGGGAGGGGAGAUCAUGGGGGCUGGUUUCACGACUUGGCCGGCAGCCAACGUUCUCGACUCUUCCGGUGGGAAGGUUUGGUUCACCAUCCGUGGCAACUACUGCGCUGAAGGUGGCACAAUCCAGCUGACGAUAACAUGGGAGGCCGGCUCCGGAUCUCAGCCAUCUUCCGAGAUGUCAGAGACGCCGGGCCCACAAAACCAGAUCCAUGGGCGUGUUUGGUUCGACGACCGGCGCGGCUCACUUGUACUCGCCGGGCAAUGGCAAGAUCAGCAAGGAGACUCGGGAGCCAUCCUGAUGACACAGGCUCAGGACUCCUGUCGUCUCUUCCCGAAAGCCUCGGCCAGCUUCUGGGAGGGCACCGUCGAUGGUCAUCAGCAGUCGUGGGUGCUCGCGAUGGACGCAGAUGGCUGUCCUAGCGCCUUUGGUGCUGCUCGCCUCGGCCCAGAUGGGAACCCAUCGCAGGGCCUUCGCCUGCUUCGGGGCAUCGUUCAGUCGACAGAGGAAGAUGCAAUGAUUGUGGUUCUGCGCGAGGGAGUUGGGCCAGGCAGUGGGCAACGCGAGCUCCGUGUGGUCAAGACUGACAACAGCUUCAGCAUGAUGAGCGCAGGAGAAGGAGGCGUCCACCUCCAGCACGCUGCGACCUACGUGCCUACGGAUGCUGCAGCAGAGCUUUCUGGGAGCUACAGCCAUUCCCGUGGUGGAAUUGUCCAUGUCACAGUGGAAGCCGACGAGGUGGUCCUCCAAAAUUCCCAGGCGAAGUCCUCGCAGAAGUCUCCGGCCGGCACUGCCUGUCAGAACGGGCAAAUCCGCCUGCACAAACAGUUGGGACGGCGCGCGGCGUGCGGGCGCAUCGACUGGAGCAAUGGCUCCGUGUGGACACCGCUGGCA